CUUAAUAAAAGAAACGAAGCAAGCCUGUUUCAUGUGACUUUUUCCUGACAACAAAGAUGGCUGGAGCUCUGACUUUCCUUCUCAUUGGCUGUUUGCUGCAGGGUGUCCAGUGUGGACAGUGGAGAGUCAAUAUGCUGCAGACUAUAGAGGUUCUGAGAGGAUCCUGUGUGACCAUCCCCUGCUCCUUUGACAUAAAUAGCACAUAUAACAACAAUUUAGAUCAGACAUGUAAAGCAAUGUGGAAGAAGAGAAGUAAUAAUGAAGUUGUGUUUGAUAGUAAAACUACAACAAAUGGAGAAUUGAUUGGAAAACUGACAGACAGAGACUGCACCACAACCCUGAACAACAUGGUUUCUGAUGACACAUAUUACUUCAGACUGGAAUGUGACAAUGCCUUGAAAUGGGACUUCAAUAAUGACUUAAUCAAUAUAGUGACCAAAGCUGAUCCUCCAUCACCCACUCUGACUCCGUCCACACUGGAGGUGGAGGAGGGAACCUCAGUGAGUGUGACGUGCUCUGCUCCAGCUCCCUGUCUGUCUCAUCCUCCAACUCUGACAUGGAGCCCCAGACUGGGUGACAGUCAGGAGACACUGCAGGAGAAUCAGGACAAAACUAAAGUCCAGACCUCUGUUCUGACCUUCACAGCUUCUCACCUCCAUCAUGGACAGAACAUCUCCUGCACUGCUCUCUACAGGAAACAAGAUGGCAGCAAUCAAUCAAGCAGCAGUAAAACUUCAGCUCUUACUGUUUCAUAUCCACCUAAAGACACCACAGUGUCCGUCAGUCCCUCUGGUCCAGUACCAGAGAACAGAAAUGUGACUCUGACCUGCAGUAGUACUGCCAACCCAGCAGUAAGGAACUACACCUGGUACAGAACUGAUGGAGACCAGGAGACUUUCAUUGGGACUGGACACAUUUUAACAAUUGAAGUCUCUAAAGUCAGCAGUCCUUUUUUCUGCAAAACUGAGAAUGAUCUUGGAGUUGGUCGAUCUACCAACACACAAAUAGAUGUUCAGUAUCCACCUAUAGACACCACAGUGUCCGUCAGUCCCUCUGGUCCAGUACCAGAGAACAGAAAUGUGACUCUGACCUGCAGUAGUACUGCCAACCCAGCAGUAAGGAACUACACCUGGUACAGAACUGAUGGAGACCAGGAGACUUUCAUUGGGACUGGACACAUUUUAACAAUUGAAGUCUCUAAAGUCAGCAGUCCUUUUUUCUGCAAAACUGAGAAUGAUCUUGGAGUUGGUCGAUCUACCAACACACAAAUAGAUGUUCAGUAUCCACCUAUAGACACCACAGUGUCCGUCAGUCCCUCUGGUCCAGUACCAGAGAACAGAAAUGUGACUCUGACCUGCAGUAGUACUGCCAACCCAGCAGUAAGGAACUACACCUGGUACAGAGCUGAUGGAGACCAGGAGACUUUUAUUGGGACUGGACACAUUUUAAAGAUUGAAGCCUCUAAAGUCAGCAGUCCUUUUUUCUGCAAGGCUGAGAAUGAUCUUGGAGUUGGACGAUCCACCAACACACAAAUAGAUGUUCAGUUUCCUCCACAGAUCCUGGCCUCAUCUCACUGCACCAAAACUGAAAGUCAGAUUAACUGUUCCUGUGAGACUGUGGGAAACCCUUCCCCUACUUUACACUGGUAUUUGGAUGGGAGACCUGUCAAUCAAUCUGGAGAGGUUUUAAUCAGCAGUGGGUCUCUAAAUGGCACAGGCCUGAGGAGCUUCAUCACCGUCAAUCAACUAAAGGAGAGGAAUCUUUCCACCUUGUUCUGUCACAGCUUCAACUCUCUGGGAUCUGCCAGGCAGCAGCUAUAUGUGGCUGAAAGUCAAGGUCUUGGACAUUACUGUAGAGUUCUUCCUUGGGCUCUUGCUGGUGGAUUUUUCAGUUCCAGUGUCUUCUUCAUAAUCUGCAUAAUAUUCCUUUGUAAAUCACGGAGGAAUGUGGAGCCGAAUGAAGAGGACAGAACUUACAUGUCACUGGAUCGUAGAAACGUCACAGAGUCUUCAGAGUACGAUGUCAUUACCCGAAGACCUGAAUGAGAAUAAUUAUCAGAAGCUUUACUGAAUGACUUCUUGCAUUUCUGCAGUGAUUAUAUCCAGUCAAACGUUCCUCUUUCUGUCAGUUUGAUCUUUCCUGUAAUGUCUUAAAUAGCUAUUGAGUCAGUUUUCUACAGGGGGUUGAGCAUCAACUAUGAGCAGCUCUUCAGUGUCAUUUAAACAAGUUCUCUCCUCUGGUUUUAACUUCAUCACAUGUUUACUGAUUUAUCUUUCUAGUAAUAUCUGAGGUGACUGUGGUUUUACUUGUAGUGAAGUGUAAAUGAUGUCCAUCCUCACUUUAAGACUUCAAUAUCUCCCGUCUCUACAGUAUGGUCACAUUAACACUUUGGAUUGAUGUUGCUCUUCUUAAUGAACAGAAAGCUUAACUCCAUGAUGUAUUGACUUAAUUCAACAUGAAUAUUUCUCGUUUUUUGUCUUUCAUUUUAAACCAUAGUGAUUGUUAAUCUGCUUUUAUUUCUACAUUCGUACUUAAUGGUAAUAAAAUAAAAUGACAUCUGAGCUCCA